AUGCUGCUCUGCAAACAGCCGGGGGACACAGGCGUCUUUGCGACCGCAACGCAGCACAAAAUUAAAUUUUAUCGCCUUUCGUCGUCGUCGCAGCUGCUGCGGGAAACAAAGGCAGGGGCGGCAACCACCACCAUCACCACAACAACAACAACAAUAACAACGAGUGUAGCUGUAGGGGAGGGCAUGCAGACGGAGUCCAACACCGCGGGAAAUGAGUGGGAAAGUGCAUUUACACGCACCGCCCCGUCCUCUCCCAUCGCGUCGGUUCCACCGAGCAUGACACGGAAGAGAUGUGGGACGCCAAUUGAUGCGUCAUGUGUUAUUCCGUUAUCCCAAUUCCGUGAGGAGGAGGUGCUUAGCGUGGCUGGGGGUGCAGCGCGGGGUUUUGGGCGGCUGUACAUAUCACAUCUUCAGCCCAACCCACCUGAGGGGAAAAGCAGAGGGGACGAGUCUCUUGCAAAUGUGCCACUGACACUGUCCUUGAGCUGCGCACGGGAUGAUAGAUUACGGUUCUUAUAUUCGGGCAAAACUUUGGGGGCUUGGAUUGGCGCGGAAAACACCGUAUCUGCGCUCUGCACCACGUCGGUGGAUGGGGCGCCAUACGAUGCCGGUUACCAUAACCACAGGGCGGAGAUUGUGGCUUCUGGUUGGGACCCACUUGACGCGUCUGCGCUGGCGAUUGGUAGACGCAGUGGAGUUGUGCAACUGUUGAACAUUGAGAAUAGCAACGGGAUGCUUUCUUCCACGUCACUUCCUUUGAAUUUGGUGGCAGCAGAAAGUUUUGGCGUAAGCAAUGGUUGUCAGGCAUCCUUCGGCACAUCGCCGAUGUACCCAUCUGCCGUAACUCGCAACACCGAACGUAUGCCGCUCUCGGUAUUGUCCGUCAAUGUGGUUCAAGAACGUCUACUGAAGGGUACGUUGACAUCGUUGGAUUGGGCGCCGCGUACUCAUACAACAGUGGUGGCGGCAGAACGUUCAGAUGGCAUUGGGCAUUGUGUAGAAGUGAUGGACCUUCGUUCACCCGAUAACGGCAUUCGUUAUCUCGGUAUGCCGUUCGAGACCACUAGUCCGGCCUCUACCAUGAGCUUAGCAGGCACCGGCUCGUCCAUCUCUGAAGUUUGCUUUGCAGAGCUUGUUGCAUGCGAUUACUCGGGGAUAUACGUAGCAACGGUCGGUAGUCAGAGCCGUCGGGACGUGGCGCAGCUGUGGGACCUGCGCAUGACAUCCAGGCCAGUCUGUCGGCAAAGUCACUCCCGCGUCGGGUACACCUCACUGAAUUGGUCCACGCAUGAGAUUCCCACUGUCAUUGCGACAACGCGGAACGGCGGUUUGCGGGUGCAUGUAUUCAAUGAUUUUCGUUCAGAAACUGAGGAGGAUGAGGGGGUGUUGACGGAGACGGAAGGCAAUCGAACGUCGGGGCGCUCCGUGUAUGCUCCAUUUUACUCCUCUCUCUCGAAGCGCACCGCAAAGCCAUUUGACGAGCGUUUCCAUCCACAGCCUCGUGUGCCAGCGGCGAGUGUGGCGUGGCUGGACGGCUGCCGCUCACACGUUCGAUGCUCGGAGGGGGCAAUGGCGGAAGAAAACGGGGUGGGAAAACAAGGGGAACAACGCGCCCAACAUGGUCCAUCCCAACGCGUGGCGGGUGGCAGCCGCACCGACAUCCCCUGCCUUCUUCUUCUUGAUGCAAAGACGGGAGAAUUAUAUCCGCAGGUAUUUUUUCCGGUGGGUUGCAAAGCAACAAUGAUUGGUGACGUUCCAUUAUGCAGCGCGGGGCCUAAUGUUUUCAUUCUGGAUUCAAGAUGUUUAUUCGAGGGGCAGCCGGAACGGAAAUCGGUGGAGCCCGAUGGGACGAGCUUUAAUAACAACAGUAUGGGCAGUGCAGGUACUCACAUCAAUUAUGAUCCUUACAACGAGAUGGAAAAGGGUGGUGUGGCUCUUUUUAAUUCAGCAGAAAGCACACCGACGAACUGUGCGGGAAUGGCUACACUUGCCGUAGUUAACGCCACAGCGAAAGGGGUGUAUACGGGUAACACGCAUGUGGAUCGCCAUUUGCACCGACUGGAUCGCCUUCGCGCCGGUUUUGUCCCUCAAUCGGACAAAGUCCUUUCGACUCUCUUAAAGGAACAAAGUGACCGCGAGGCAUACGUGCUAUUCCGCUACGGAUGGUACGCGCAGCGUUAUCUGUACCCGGGAAGGGCGGCGCUGCCGGUGCCAGAUGUCAUCCCCGGGCUGCUGGAGUUGUUGGAGCGCGAGAGGCCUCCGAUUAACAGCGGCAUACCGGAGGCUUUUUGCGGGGUGCGCAAACUCAUUUUGUUAGCGGCAGGGUGGGUGACGGACCCAAGGGAGGAGCGUUUGAUGCUCACGCCAGCUGGUGGUGGUGGUGGUGGUGAUGAUGAUGAUGGGCAUGUUGAAAGGACUGUGCAGCUGCCGAGCAGGUUGUUUUCUUCGUCGGAGCCGACCCUUGCAGGGCUUCCACCGCAACAACCACUCCGCGAGAAGAGCACCACCGUCUCUUCAAAUUUGUGUUCGCGUGGGAGUGCGGAUGAGGGCGUGGAGGCGACGGAUUUAUUUUUGCCAACGUCUCAAGGUGAGCUCUCUACUCCCUCUGCUUCCUCACUUACGCCAGCCGACCACGUUGAGAUGGCCUCAUUCCAGGAGGCGGUGGAGCGGCGGGUUGCUAUUCUUGUAUUCAUGCUCCGCCUGAAUGAGGCCUCGGCGCUGCUGUGUCACUACAAUCAUCUCCAUCCUCUUUACUCCACGUUUGCAAUGUUGCUGUUGGCGGCGACGGCAAACCGAAACGGGGUUCCACCGACGUUGACACUGGAUGUAUCGGAAUGCAGUUUUUGGAUUGAGCUCUGCUUCUUUUUCAUGAACGCAUUCUGGACGUCCGCUACUCCCUCCACGGGCCCGGACCAAAGGAAGAAGGAAUACCGCGCAAAAAAAGGUGUAACGAACAACAAUGAUGGAGGUGAUGUUGAUGAGGAUCAUAUCGGUGAAUUUUAUCGCUCUCCGCCUUCAGCGCGUCGUGAGUGUUUUGCUUCUUUUGUACGAUGCUUCCCGCAGAUCCCGUUAUCGGACCGUAUUGCCCUUGCCACGCUCCUGUUGCUGGAUCCGUCACCGACUGCCGAUGGUGAGUCUCAAUGCAACAUUCUCAGUGAGGUUCUGCGGGAAAUGGUGCAGCAACAGUUUUACACGAAUGCGACAGGGGGAUGUUCACUUUUUCUGGCGGCCGCGGUGGAGGGGGUUAGGGGGAGUUGUGUGCCCCUUCAGCGGUACGUGGACGAGACGGGUGACGUGCAGACGCCCGUGGCGUACGUUGCUCUGUAUGGGUCCGGCAAGGGUGCGUCAUGGCGUCAGUGGAACGAGGCCUACCGCAGUCAACUUAACGCAGAGGGGCAUGCGAUUCUACGGAGUCUGCACGAUCUCAGCUGCAAGAAACUGGCGCGGCUCCGAGAGCAGCAGAGCGGGUUUUUGGCGAAACGCCACGCCGUUCCGCCUCCAGGAGCACCUCUCGGUCGGCUUGUUGGACUUUCUUCGCCAGCUGUCGGUCUGAUGGGUGUACCCUUUAGCGGACUUGCGGGCGGAGCCGCAGCGGAAACGAAGACAAAACCAAAACGCAAGAAUAAACGGAACGUGGAGCUGCGUUGCAAGUGCGGGAAGGUCGUCGCCACGUCGCCAAUGGAGUCGGCUGACACGGUGACAAUAAUGGGGCGUCGUCAACAGUCAUUGUGUGGCAGUAUUAACUGCCUCACACCAAUGUGCGUCGUCUGUGGCGAACCGAUGUUUGCCCUUGCGAGUGGCUACGACGUUGAUUCCUCCUUCACUUGUUGUACCGUAUGUCUGCAUGGGGGGCACUGGUCCCACCUGCGCGAUUGGUUUGCAAAGCAUAGAAAGUGUCCUGCAGAAGACUGCCUUUGUAAUUGUUACUGCCCUUCAUUGUCCCCAUGA